CCUCCUUCAUUGUGCAUGUUGUCCUCCAGCAGCAGCAGCAGCAGCAGCAGCAGCAGAACGGGCCCGGCUAUAAAUCCCAGCCAUCACGUCGGCGCCUCUGCUCGCCUAAAGAGGCCUGCGUAAGUUGGGACAUGCUGCUGCCGAGCCGCGCCAGGGCGUCAGCGUCCAAAGCCGACGCCAGCACGAGCUGACUUGAGCUGCUGGAGCAUGCUUGUACCUCAUCAGCACAUUGCUUUCUACUUAACAGCAGUGGUGCACGCGCGCACGAUGAAGGCGGAUCGCUUCCGCUUGGAAUAGCUCUUUUUUCCCCCUCCUUUUUCCAUUUGGGUGACUAACAGACAAGAAGAAAAGCGGUGCAAAGAGCCACGAAAAGGAAGGGCACCGCGAUGGGCUGCGUCGAGAGUAAAGAGGACAAAGGCUCCGCCAUCAAGUACGGGCCGGAGAACCCUUCGCUGUCCGAGCCCAAUGCUGCCGCGGCAACACCCCACGUGGGCCACUACGGGCCUGAUCCCACCCAGCUCCAGCCCAGUCUAGCACCCUCCGCCUCCUCCUGCGCCGGCAAUUUCAACUCUGCCUUCACGCCCUUCGGGGGAUCUUCAACCGGGAUGACCCCGUUCGGGGGGGCGUCCUCCUUCACCGGCCCCGUGUCAAACUCCUUCUCUGGUUCUGUCCCAAGUGGCGUGACCUUCUUCGUGGCGCUGUACGACUACGAAGCCAGAACGUCAGACGACCUGUCGUUCAAGAAAGGCGAUCGCUUCCAGAUCAUUAACAAUACGGAAGGAGAUUGGUGGGAAGCUCGUUCCAUCACCAGCGGGAAGAAAGGUUACAUCCCCAGCAAUUACGUCGCCCCUGCGGACUCCAUACAGGCUGAAGAGUGGUACUUUGGUAAAAUGGGCCGGAAGGACGCAGAGAGGUUACUUCUGAAUCCAGGGAAUCAUCGAGGGACGUUCCUGGCGCGAGAAAGUGAAACCACCAAAGGUGCUUUUUCUCUCUCUAUCCGUGACUGGGACGAAAGCAGAGGCGACAACGUGAAGCACUACAAGAUCCGCAAGCUGGACAGCGGAGGGUACUACAUCACCACGCGAGCGCAGUUUGACACCUUGCAGAAACUUGUCAAACACUACAUGGAGCAUGCCGACGGCCUCUGCCACAAGCUCACCACCGUUUGCCCCACGGUCAAACCUCAGACGCAAGGUCUCGCCAAGGACGCAUGGGAGAUCCCCCGAGAGUCCCUCAGACUGGAGCUCAAGCUGGGCCAGGGCUGCUUCGGAGAGGUCUGGAUGGGCACGUGGAACGGCACCACCAAAGUGGCUAUCAAGACGCUGAAACCGGGCACCAUGUCGCCUGAGGCCUUCCUGCAGGAGGCUCAGAUCAUGAAGAAGCUGCGACACGACAAACUGGUGCCGCUCUACGCCGUUGUCUCCGAGGAGCCCAUCUACAUCGUCACCGAGUACAUGGCCAAAGGCAGCUUGCUGGACUUCCUCAAAGAAGGCGACGGAAAGUUCCUGAAGCUUCCCCUGCUGGUGGACAUGGCUGCACAGAUCGCCGACGGCAUGGCGUUCAUCGAGAGGAUGAACUACAUCCACCGGGACCUACGCGCCGCCAACAUCCUGGUGGGCGACAACCUGGUGUGCAAGAUCGCAGACUUCGGUCUGGCCAGGUUGAUAGAGGACAACGAGUACACGGCGAGGCAAGGAGCCAAAUUCCCCAUCAAGUGGACGGCACCGGAGGCGGCGCUUUAUGGACGCUUUACCAUCAAGUCGGACGUAUGGUCCUUUGGCAUCUUGAUCACCGAGCUUGUCACCAAAGGCCGAGUACCCUACCCGGGCAUGGUGAACCGCGAAGUUCUGGAGCAGGUGGAGCGCGGCUACCGCAUGCCGUGCCCGCAGGGCUGCCCUGAGUCGCUGCACGACAUGAUGAAGCUGUGCUGGAAGAAGGAGGCCGACGAGCGGCCCACCUUCGAGUAUAUCCAGUCUUUUCUGGAGGACUACUUCACUGCCACGGAGCCCCAGUACCAGCCUGGGGAGAACCUAUAGCUCACCACGGGUGUGUGGGGGGGGAAAAAAGGUGGGGGGGGGGGGGGGGGGGGUGGCCAUCUGUUAACCUGGGCAUCAAGUUGCAUAAUACACUCAGCAAUCGUCUCUUCUGGUCACAUCAAUAGGUACACCCAGGCAAUCUUAAACGAUUCAAUAUAAGAGUUAUAACCAAAACGUUGCCUUGAACAAACACAACAACGUAGAAAUAUUCCGGAGCUGGAAUUGAACCUGGCACCUCUGCGCUGUGAGGCGCUAACCAGUCGCCUACCGUGCUGCCCUUCUAAUCAAAAUAAAUAAAUUCACUCUUUGAAUCAAACUAAUGAAAUACUUUGCCACGCUAUUUUUAAUUUAUUGUGAUGCGCCUGUAUAUAAUAAUAGUUGUGGCAUGGAAACCCUCUCUCUACCUUCACCAUCUGCUGACAGGCUUUACAAUCACCAUUGAAUUAAAGAUUAAUCAAUUCAAAAACGAUGAAAUUGUGCGGGUGUACCUACUUAAGUGUCCGUGUGGUGUUGGAAGUUAUGUCAGCCUGAAGAGAUGCUAUCACUCAAUUCCCUGGCGUGUUUUGCAAGGGAGGUGUGUAAAUUAUGCAUUGAAAGCAUUAAUUAUGAAUAAAGCUGCAACGGAGAGUCCCGCCGAGGAUCGACGGCCUUCUGUCCGAAUGCGUUAUCCAUAUCAGGUUGGUUGCUUUCAAAAAAAAAAAAAAAA